AUGGAUAUGUUUGGUCCUGUAGCUGAUAAUGCUGGUGGUGGAAUUAUGGAGAUGAGUCAGCAGCCUGAAAGUGUUUGGGAGAUCACAGAUGUUUUAGAUGCUGUACGCAACACUACCAAAGCUAUUACUAAAGGAUUUGCUAUUGGUUCUGCCGCACUUGCCACCUUCCUUCUUUCCAGUGCAAUCAUAUCCCUUUUAAACAGUGCCUUUGCCUGCUCUGCUGUUGGAAGAACUGCACAAGAGGUUAAUAAUGAAGUUCGUAGACAAUUUAUUGAGAGGCCUGGUAUAAUGGUGAGUAGCCCAACAUCUCAUGUCAGAGAAAGCCAGACUACAUUUGCCAUUGUGGCAUCUGCAUCAUUACAAGAAAUGAUAAAACCUGGUGCUUGGGCAACUAUAUCUCCAGUGGUAAUUGGACUUUUCUUCAGGUUAUUGGGCCACUAUACGGGUCAGCAGCUUCUUGGAGCCAAAGUUGUGGCUUUGAUGCUUAUGUUUGCAACAGUUGUUGGUAUUCUUUUGGCUCUGUUUCUAAAUACUGCUGGCAGUGCUUGGGAUAAUUCAAAGAAAUAUAUAGAGACUGGUGCACUUGGGAGGCAAAGCCAAAGUUCACGAAGCUAA